AUGUUCGACAAAUUCUACGCUCAUAUCAUUCUCGCUUUCAUCAUGUCAGAGUACCAACUCCCUGACAUCCCUCCCUGUACACCGUACGACCCUAGCGUCAGUCCAGGGAACUACGGUUACCAACCAAGCCUAGGAUGGAGCAUCGCAUUCACUCUUCUAUUCACGGCUAUAGCUGUCGGACAGACGCUUCAUGUGCUACGAACUCGGGCCUUCUGGACUGUUCUGUUCAUCGUCGGCGCGAUACUCGAGAUCAUCGGCUGGGUCGGGCGGAGCAUCAGUCACCGAUGUCCAUACUCCCGAACAUGCUUUCUCAUGCAAACGGCAACAUUAAUCAUGGGCCCCUCAUGGACCCAAGCAGGCAUCUACGUCACCCUCUGGGUUCUAAUCCGUGACAUCGGUCGACACGUAUCUCCCUUCCCACCCAAGACCUACCUAGUCAUAUGCUUUAUCAUUGAUUCCGUCUGUCUCAUCACCCAAGCCGUCGGCGGCGGCCUCGCCGGCUCCGCAUACAGUAGCGGGAUCUCGAUGCAAGUAGGCACAACCACCAUGGUCGUGGGUAUCAUCACCCAGCUAGUCGCAGCCGUGAUCUUCUCAUUCCUUCUCGGCAUUGUGAUCUACCGCGGUGCGUCCGAGCUACGUACAAAUCUCCCCUUGUUCUACGUGGCUACCGCAACCGUCUUCUCUACGGCGAUGAUGAUCAUGCGGAAUGUGUACCGCUCGAUUGAGUUGACAGAAGGGUGGAGGGGGUAUCUUAUCACGAAUGAGCGGUUUGUUCUCGCGUUAGAUGCCCUGCCUAUGGUGCUUUCGAUGGGGAUCUAUGUCUUUUUCAACCCGGGGGAACAGUUUUGGAAGCAGAGGGUUAGUGUUGAUGGGCAGGAGCUUGUUGGACAGGAUGAGGUAAGGAAUCAUGCAUUGCAGAGGUAUUUGAACUUGUGA